AUGUCUGAUCCACUCAGUACCGCUGUGGGUAUCAUUUCACUUGGUCUACAAGUCUGUGGCGAAAUUGUCUCUUUUUGCCAGGCAUGGCAGGGCUUCAGCGAAGAUAUCCAAAGCAUCGUGGAAAAAGCGGAUGGGCUUCGUGUGCCAUUGAAGACCUUGCGAGACAUGAUCGAGGAUUCCUAUACCACUGAUCCUACCCUCGCAAAAGAUCUUGAGCAGAAGGCGAUGUGUAUUGAACGAGCGAUAAGACGGCUUAAGGCAGCUACCGAUCGAUAUACAUCAUCCGAUAGAAAUACUCUUGGGUUCCAACUUAGGAAGGCCGCGUAUCCGUUUCGAAAGGAUGGGUUGCGUGACAUGGCAAGCGAUUUGGACAGUGUACAGCUGUUGCUUCAUACGACGUUGCAGAUCUUACUGCAGUCAUGGUAUAUUCGUCAAGAACAACUGCCUGCGUUGGAGUCAUCUGCACAAAUCGCAACGCAGGCUACCCAGAUGACAAAAGACCCUUCCACCGGAGCAGACCAAUCUGAAGCAGGAAUAGAGCAUGAACAGUCGGUUGCCCAUCAAAGUCGCACCACGACGAACAGUGUCUAUGCAUCUCGUUCACGGCCACCCGUCCAGGGUAAAACGGUCAUCAAGAUAUCUUACUACUAUUGCAGUAGCUUACUAAACCUCGCCUUGAAGGCUUCGUUCUUGGUUAAUAAAGGAGCUGGAGGGUACUCAAUUGCCCCAUUACUGCAUCUACAGCCGUUGGUGGGGGCGGAAGAUAGUUUAGGAUGGUUUAUCCUCAAUGAUUUUCACUUCAAGACUCUCAUUGGAUGCACAGUACCACCUGCAGAUGGCUUUGAUUCACUCCUAGAUGACACACAACGACAACUGCAACAAGCCUUUGAUCUCCAAAAGUCAACUCCCUUUGAUUCAAUCAGUUUUGAGGACAAUGAUAUGUCUUUUUUUGAUGCUGGCGCCUACUUGAUGUUGGUUGUUCUUUCAUCAUCCGAGCCCCUAGUGAUUGACUCUUUUCAAGUGCUCGAAAUCCCGAACAUUGUCAAGAUCAUAAUCCGAGAGUCUGAAGAUGAAUUGAGAAAUGCUCUUGACACAGGAGAGGCUUUUCCGAAUGAUAUGAUCAAUGGGAUUUCCUCUUUGAUGGACUUUGCAUAUGGAUGGCCAAAAGGGAUGAAAAUCUUACUCGACGCAGGCGCAGAUCAGUAUACCAGCAAUUUACAUCUGUGCUAUGUUGAAGAUAACGAGAACCAGGAUAUUUAUCAUUCAGUUAAGCUUCUGCUUGAUGUUGGAUGCGAAUUCAAGUGGGUCCACAUCUCUCAAUGUCAAGAGUACAAACACAGCGGUAAGUUAAAAUCACUUCUCAUCAAGGAACUGGCCGCACGACGCAAAAGACUUUGGAAUUUGGCCCGGUCUUGCUUGCCCGCUAGGGAACUCCCGACGUUGGUAUCGGAAGAACAGAUUGAGGGCACAAGUUUGAUACUUGAUAUACAUGCUGCAGAGAUAUAUGCUCGUUUGUGGGACCAAGGGGCGUUUUCAAGGCAACACGCUGCGGAGUACGGCGACGAAAAAUGUUUCGGGACUGUUUAUCAUUUCCCUUUAUUUUGGGCAGACACGCUAGAGGAACUGUACCAAAACGGCUUCCGAGGUGUUAACGAGCUAGAUCGCGAAGGCUUUAUGCCUCUCAUGGCCUCGGAGGACUCCAGUCAUACUGCGAUUGGUCACUUCAGAGCGAUAAAGGAGCUAGAGCGCAUGGCUUGGCUGGUCUCCAAUGGAGCAGAUCCGUAUCAGCACAUACCCGACGCCAGUGGAACUGCCGCCCAUCAUAUUGGCUUGAAUAUCAUCCGCUACCUUUUAUGGGACUUUGUGUGGCGCAAUGUGGAAUUCGCAGAUUCCCACGAGGAGUAUGAAGUUUGGGAACGAGUACUUCCAGACUUUGCAAAAGACCUUUUUCUCCUUCCUACGGUUACGGAUGGAUGUGUCUGCGCGUGCUCUGUCGACGGUUGUACUCCGGUGUCGAUAGUGCUACGGGAAAGCGUUGAGUGGGUUUUCAGAUCGAUCGGCGAAUACCCCAAGUUCAAGUUCAAGUUCAAAGAGUUGAUCAAAUUCUUCCUGAAGUGGAUAGGAGAAAAUGCGGAACUUGACUGGAGGGUCAUCAGGUUCUUUACCUUUGAUGCUUUGGGGUUGAAACAUUCAUGUUGCGUCGUGAAUAAACGUUUCUUACACAGGCACUUCAAACUCCAAAUCAGAGAAGAAGGAGAGGUUCAGGAGAUUCUCGACGAAGAAAGGUUCAGACUCGAGGAUCUGGAAACACUUCUCGAUGAACUCAAAGUCAAGUUUGACGAGCUUGGUCAACCAGUGAUCGAAUUCUUGGAAGGUCACUGGCAAACUCGCAUGGUCGAAUAUCUCUCCCAGCGUGAUAUCCACGACGAGGAACAUGUCAUCGAAUCCAGAAGACUUGGUAUCAAGCUAGAAGUGGAUGAGCCGUUCAUCUCGGACCUG